CCGUGAACGCCGGCCAUGUUCGUGAGUGUAGAAACGAAAUCCGAAGUGGCUUGGAAGGGAGUCCGCGUGUGCGCAGUGAAAACACCGAGAAGCGGCGAGAUGCGGCGUGCGGAAUUAGAGUGCACGCCGCGAGGUUCGUUCCCGAAAAGCACCGUAUAUCAAACUUCUUCAGCCAGGUAACCAACCGUGUGUAAUUGCAAUUUCGGUUUCGAUUGUACACGACGUACGAAGCAUACGACGUACGCAUCGUAGAGAAUGACAUGAGAUAAGAUGCUGGACAAGUGUCUUUCAUUGAUCUUCGUCCUCUGCUGCGUCCUGGCGGCUCCCAGCAGCGCGAAAGUCAACGUGGGAGGGCUGUUCGACACCGACGAUGGAAUCCAACGUACCUUCGAAUCCUCUAUAAAGCGAGUGAACCAAGAGCGACACGAGAACGACGAGUUCCCAGACGUGUUCCUCGUGGCCAAGUCCAACGAGGUCGACACGGAUCCGUUCAACGUGUCGCUAAUAGCGUGCGAAUUGAUGGAGGAAGGGGUGGCCGCCAUUUUCGGUCCCCACAAUAGGUUUACCUCGGAACAUGUGCAGAGUAUGUGCGAUACCAUGGAAAUGCCACACAUUUACGGCAGAUGGGAACACUCUCAAACUCGCGGCAAAGGAAUAAACUUAUUCCCGCAUGCGGGAACACUCUCCACGAUCUUUGACAAAAUUAUAACCGACUUUGAAUGGAAGGUUUUCGCAAUACUGUACGAAGGUACCGACAGUUUGUUCCGUACCCACCGACUGCUGGAGCGUUGGGACGCAAAGAGCCACGGGAUCUUCCUGUACCAUUUAGGCACCGGACCAAGUUACAGAAAAGUGAUGCGAGAGAUCAAAGACGAGGAGAUCGAGAACAUUCUUAUCGACUGUUCGAUUGACAUAUUGGAAGAGGUGCUGAAACAGGCGCAGCAAGUGGGCAUCAUGUCGGAGAAGAACAGAAUUAUCGUAACUUCCCUGGAUCUUCAAACGAUCGAUCUAGAACCGUACCAAUUUUCAGGGGUGAAUUUCACGGGGGUGCGUUUAAUCGAUCCUGACAAUCCGCUCGUUGCGAGCAUCGUCGAGACGCACAAGUACGAUUGGGGCUUGAACGAUCCGAGUCAAUUACGGGUCGAACCAGCGCUCAUGUACGACGCCGUGCAGCUUUUCGCCAGAGCUUUCAGCCGGCUGAGAUACACCAUUAAAGCCAACGUGAAGACGUUGCCUUGCAACGGCAGCAUAAGCUGGGAACACGGGUUCAGUCUGAAUAAUUUCAUGCGAGUCACCGAAAUGGAAGGAUUGACUGGCUUGAUCAAAUUCGACACGGCUGGAUUUCGCAGCGAUUUCCAGCUGGAUAUCGUGAAAGUGACGGAAAACGGACUGAAGAAGAUCGGGAUGUGGAACAGUACGAGCAACGUCGAGUGGCUGUUGGAAGCUCACGUUUCCAACUCCGACGCGGAGUUGACCUUGCAGAACAAAACGUUCAUCAUUCUGAUCGCCAUCAAUCAGCCGUACGGCAUGUUAAAGAGAUCAGCCGAUACGAUGUCAGGGAACGAUCGUUACGAAGGAUUCUGCAUUGAUAUUAUCCAGGAACUGAGCAAAAUGCUUGGCUUUAAUUACACGUUCGAAGUUCAGACGGACAACGUGUAUGGAUCGUACUCGAGGAAGGCGAAAAAAUGGACGGGGAUGCUUGGCAAAAUAAUCGCCGGUGAAUAAGUAUUUUGUAUCGAAAACCGACCAAAACACCGCCCAGCUUGUUCUCCUUCUUAUCGCCGUUUUCAGCCGAAGUUUGGUGGUACUUGAUCGGAUCUUAUAUAUUCGUGUCCGUGGUAUUAUUCAUCAUCGGCAGGAUGUGCCCCGCAGAGUGGAAUAAUCCGUAUCCAUGCAUCGAGGAGCCCGAGGAGCUUGAGAAUCAAUUCACCUUUAAGAAUUCUCUGUGGUUCACCAUCGGCAGUAUUAUGCAGCAGGGUUCCGAGAUCGCGCCCAUAGGGCUUUCGACGAGAAUGAUGGCUGCUUCGUGGUGGUUCUUCUGCUUGAUCAUGGUAUCAUCGUACACUGCCAAUUUAGCCGCGUUCUUGACCGUCGAGACGGUGGUUUCUCCUUUCUCAAACGUCGAGGAACUAGCGAAGAAGAAGACUAUCAAGUACGGCGCUAAACUAGGAGGGUCUACGUUGAUGUUCUUCAAAAAUUCUGCCCAUUCCAAGGAUUCCAACUACUCGACGUACAAGGAGAUGUACGAGUACAUGAAAGAGAACGCGGCGGACGUACUGCCACCUGACAACGACGUUGCCCUAACGAAAGUGCUGAGAGAGGACUACGCGUUUCUGAUGGAGUCCAGCUCUAUAGAAUACAUCAUUGAAAGAUACUGCAACGUGACGCAGAUCGGUGGACUGCUCGACGCCAAGGGUUACGGAGUUGCUAUGAAAAAGCAUUCGCCGUAUCGUCAUCCGUUGAACACUGCGGUGUUGAAGUUGCAACAAAGCGGCCUGGUAACCGAACUGAAGAAGAAAUGGUGGACGCAGAAACGCGGAGGUGGAACGUGCAGUUCCGAAGACAGUGGCCAGAGCCAGGCAGAGGAACUGGAUCUCGACAAUGUGGGUGGCGUGUUCUUAGUAUUAUCCGUAGGCGUUGCCGCCUCUUUCUUUUACACCGCGUUCGAGUUACUCUGGGAAGUUGGCUGCACGUCGCUGCGCGAAAACGUGUCCUUUAAAGAAGAGUUAAUGGCCGAACUGAAGUUUAUUAUAAAAUGCGAUAAUUCGCCUAAGCCGGUGAGAAAGCGGAAAGGAUCGUCGAACAGAAGCGGAGAGGACAGUACCAGGGGUUGCACACCGGUACGGAUUUAUACCGACGAUUAGAACGUCCAGUUCCGAUGAUAAAUGAGACAUAUGCGAACAUAGUAAAUGUGUUUGACACGUAUUUCUAGUCGAAUAGAGAAACUAAUCUAUAUUUUCUUACACUUUAAGUAAUAUAUACGUUAAGUCUUCGAAAAUAACUUUCAUCUGACUGUGACUGAAUUUUAUCUAAAAGCCGUAAGAAGAAAACACAGUUUGUAAUAGUUGAGCAAAUACAAAAUAUUCUUGGACAUUGCACGCUGUAAUAAUCGACUAGCGGUAUGCAAACUGCUGCGGGGUAAGUCGGUUCUUCAGGGUCAUCCGGCGCAAUCCCACGAAAUGCGUUAACUCGCCUUACGUUUCGAAUCCAACCAUUAAAACUUUGUUUUAUCCUUGAAUCGAUACAAAACACGAUUAAAAAACGAAC